AUGACAAUGACGGUCAGAGAUCAGGGAACAGAGUCGAUGAAGGUGAAGCUGGACGAUGCGAUCCGGCGAGGAGAGAAGCGACUCGUGUCACAACUGGACGUGAUGGCGGACGACCCGUACUCGCUCGCCGUCACCACCUACGCUCUCGUCAUCAACAACGCUCCCAUACACCUGCAGGCGCUCUCCAAGCUGGAGGCCCUCGCCACAGAGAAAGGUCUGAGGGACCUCAACGGGGGCUGCCGUCAUGAGUGGCUCAUCAAGCAGACAGAACUCGUUCUGGUGGAUUCUUCAUUCCAACCCAGUCGUGCAGACACUGUCAUCGGGCCUGCAACGGCCUCUCCGUCGACAGUGUUGCUUCUAUCGGCCUUCUCUCCAAGGGUGCCCUCACGGGAUCUCAUCCUCUCCGCCAUCGCUGAUGACAUCACGAGGUCAUUUGAGGUCGACUCUGAUAAUGCGCUCGUCUACCAGAUGGCAGAGCUACCGAUAACGGAUGCGGUGGAGGUGGUGCCUUCCGGAACAGGUUCAGCCUUAGUACAGGUGAAAUGGUCGUACAACGUGAAGGACGAAGGACCUGCAGCUGCAUUCGAUCUCACGUCAAAUGUCAUUCACUACAGCACAGGCAACGUGCACGUGCAAGUGUGCUCACAGUACAAGAAACCCGGUAAGAGCGGCAUGUCUGUCGUCACGAUGAACCUUCCAUCCGGAUUCGUCGCCGAACGACCGCUCGGACAGAGCCACCUGGUGGCCAACGUCAAUGCCGACGAGCUGCAGCGUCCGAGAGCCGAAUGA